CGUCGUUGCGUUCUUUUAGAACCGUCGCGACGCCAGGUGAACGAAGGUAGUGUCCGUGGGCACUUUGCCUUUUACGAUAGCAUGCGUCUUCAAGCCGUCGCGGCGCGCAACGCGGGCGCCAACUUUACCGGGUGCACGGCGCUCGUCGUUGGCGCUACGUCCGGCAUUGGCGAGGCCAUUGCGCACCGCCUCGCCAAAGCCCACUUCAACGUGGUCGUCGCCGGGCGCAACGCCGAGCGCGGUCGCGACGUCGUCGAUGCGCUGCACACAUCGCACCCUAGCGGCGACCACAGCUUCCUGCCGCUCGACGCCCAGUGCAUGGCCAACAUCCACGGUCUCUCGUCGCAGUUCCCACGCCUCGACCGACUCGUGUGCACGCAAGGCAUCUCGACGAUCCAAGGCCGCACCGAGACGAGCGAGGGUCUCGACCAGAAGAUGGCGCUGCACUACUACAGUCGCAUGGCGCUCACGCGCGAGUUCCUCCCGCUGCUGCGGCAGUCGCCUCGGGCGCCACGUGUGCUCUCGGUCUUUAGCGCUGGCGUGCACUCGCCGUACCACAAGUUCCGCGACGACCCGGACCUCAAGACGCACUACUCGCUGAGCAAUGCUGCAAACGCCUGCGGCUUCUACAACGAUUUGAUGCUCGACGCGUUCGCGGCCGACCCGGCGAACGCGGCGGUGGCUUUUGCGCACACAGCGCCAGGGUUUGUCUCGACCAACUGGGGCACCGAGAUGCCGUGGUUUGUUCGAACGCUCUUCAUUCGCCCGCUGCAGUUUUACGGCAAAACGUCCAGCGACUGCGCCGAGUUCCUCUCGGACUUUUUGCUGCAGGAGGCGGCACCCGACGCGCCACGCGUCUCGCUUCUCAACCAGUUUGGCGAACCAACGUCGCCGACUCGUGGAUCGGUCUGA